UUUUAUGUGGCGAGAUGUACUUCCGUGUUGAUAUGCUGCUUACCUGUCAUCAUGGCUGCCGCGGCCACGCCCUUUUCUUACCUGGUGCGAAGCGGACCACCGGACUUCCAGCGCGCGCCUCUGGUCAUACCCCGGAGGAUGAAAGUCCCGUUUCCCGAUAUGAAGCGCUGACCUGUUUUUAUAUCCUCCAGGACCCACGAGCAGAGACUCAUUAUGAGCUUUUAUAGACCAGGAAGCGCCUCUGCGCUGAUUCUACCUGCGAUCUUCUUCUACCUGGUUUCAGGAGUCCAGAUGUUAACGGUAACACCUGACCCCAACACCACCAUCAACAUCAGCAGCAGCGCGCAGAAUCAAGGCUGUCAGGUUUGCACAGGUUCAGGUAGCUCUCAGCUGUGUAGCACCUCUCUGCUGUUAACCAGACCCAUCCCCGUGUCUGUGACCUUCACCUGUCCUAAACCUCAGGGGGUGUUCAGUGUGGAAAUCCUCCAGUACAUAGAAAUGAAGACAAGUUCGUUUAGUGGUCUCAUCAUCCAGAAGGACUCUGGUUCACAAAGUUUAUUGGAUUUUCAACGCAGGUUCACCUGGACCGUAAAUGCUACUUUAACACCGUCGUUCGGGUUUGACUUCAACGCGACGGGCCUGAGACAGAUCCAUCCAUCAGUAUCGUGUCCCGAUCAUCACACCUACACCCUCUGGUCAGCACCAAAUGUUCUGGUAGGGAAGUUCUGCAGAUUCGGUCCCAUCAGCAGGGCUCAGUUCCUGAAUCUGGGCAUAUUUUCCCUGGACGUCCCAGCCGGCCAGAGAGUGCAACAAGACAAUUUCAGUUUGUUUGUGGGAGAGAUAAUCAGCUCAACCAAAGUUUCACUCACUCUGCCCAUCGGGAACUCGUCGUCCGAGCUGCUCUCACCAAACUACCCCAACAGUUUCUCCAGUGACGACGUAAUGGAGUGGUCCUUUAUGGUUCCAGCCAAACACACAACUGCCGUUACGUUACACAGCGUCACACAGCCAAAGUGUGUGAGGAAGACGGCAGCGGUGGAGUACACGUUUUUACGGAGAGCAGGGUUGGUUUACAGGCUGGACGAACCCCAGCCAGGCAAGAUUCCAGGCAGCUUCUCGAUGGUUCUGAGGAACUGUGAGAUGGACGAAACGCUUUCGAGUUCUGGACUCACCCUGAACGUCAUGGUGUCUGUGUCAAGUGAUCAAGUACUGUGUAAUGUGGAUCUCCAUGAAGACCCGAAGCUUUCUCUCCACGUUCUCAACGUGAGCCCGGACCCUCGUUGCACGAUCCAGAUGAACUCGGUGUCAAUGAGGAACGUGACGGUCACAUCUAAAGCGGAGCUGCUUUUCCAAGGCUGCCGCCCUGAAGACGUUCAAGUCACGGCAGAUGGAGUCGUGGACUGCAGUGUUUCCAACUGUUCUGGGAAGGAAGUGGAUCUGUUUGUGCCUAAACUGCCGCCCUGCCUCCCCUCCCCUCUGACCAGCGUCACCUGGACUCUCAUUCCCAGUCCGAACGGCGCCGUGGCUCUGUUCUCACCUGCUGGGCCUCUGAGUCAGGCCCUGCCUAAACAGCCUUGUAACGACAGCCUCGUCAUCAAAGUAGACGAAGAAGGUGGAUCCAAUGUUGGACACUUCUGCCACCAGGGAGCCAUAAAGAAAGUCCUCGUCCACAGUAAGGUGGUCGUUACUCUGAUGUCCACCACACCGGGUGAAGAGCUGAGGACAAAUUACCAGCCAGUCUUACAAAUAAGUUUUGAAAAAUCUUUAUCAGAAAACUACAUAUUCUAUGUUUCUCCAUCGAAAGACACCACCUUCCUAGUGGGCACCCCUGGUUGGCCAGCAGGCAUGAAAUCUUACUCCACCGUCUCCUGGAUUGUUUCAUUUCCCUCAAAAAUGGACGCACAGCUGAUGUUCCCCACCCUGGACCAGCCGGAGUGCACAAACGGCCACACCAGCAUCAGUGUGCAGAGGUUCAACAGCCCCGAGGAGGACUACAGCCGCACGGAGGAAGAGGUUGCUGACAACCAGAUCACUGUCUCUGAGAGCUUCUACCUGAACAUGUCCAACUGCAUGGUAAACUCUAAAGACUUUAGAGUAGUGACCCAGAUCACCCUGCAGAAGAGCAUAAGUCGUUACCUGAUUAUCAUACUAGCCGUUGUGGCUGCUCUGCUGGUGAUUUUUAUCAUCUUGCUGGUGGUAAUUUGCCAGAUUGUUAGGAAGAAGAAGAAGAAGGAAUCCAAUCCUGCAGUUGCUGUCUACAAUUCAGGCGACACCAACUUCCGGCAGCAACACAACGGACUCUCUGACACCUGCCCGGACAGCGAUUCCCAUACCUACGCCUCCAUUGACGACUCACUAGUUUACUAUCACCUUCUGGAAAAAGGAAAGAAAAUGGGCCUGUACAAAGAAAGCGACACACUUCAAACCUUCACCAGACAUGUUGACGCUCAAAAGCCUCUGGGCUCAAAGGACAGCAGUAGUGAAAACGUGUCAUCUCGGUUCUCAUCUGUGCAAGAUCGCCCACUCCCCGAUCAGCCUCCAGGCCACACCCACGCCCUGGUGGACAACGAGAUCUACCAGUCCGGAUCUCAAAGGAGGGGUGUCGUUUGAAUCCGGAGGGAUUUCCACUAGACCUUCUUGAACUUUGUGGGUUUUAUUCUCUGGUGUCUGUGUGAUGGAUGCUUGUUAGAAAGAGACUUUUUGGGGAGGAGCUUUUUCAGAACACCAUUCAUACCUGACCAAAGAUAUUUAUACGUGAACCUGUUUCUGUUUUACUUACUUUUCAACAUGGUUAAGAUAGUUUCAUGUUUUGUAUUUUGUUUGGAUUUUUAUCUUUGGUAUUGCAGCCAGACAGUAUUUUCUGUUCAUGCUAAAGUGGUUCACUGCGUUAAAGAUCUUCCCAGCAUGUUUUAUUUCCUUACACAGCUAAAAUGUAAGGGUCCUAAAGUUUUGAACCUUAAAUUGUUUCGGACAUUUCUAAUUACUAAUCUGUUCCUGCUUACGGGAUUUUGUGUGUGUUUGUGCAUUUUCCUUCUUUUGGAAAAUUUGUUAUGAUCACAUAACACUUUAUUUUCAAUUAAGAAUGAAACUCUGCAUAACAAAGCAUCACAUGGGACCUCCACUUUUGAGCCAAGUUGCUUUUUAUUAAAAAAAAAACUCCACCAGGAGGCCAAACCUAAAUAAAAUCCUUAUUUCAAA